CGUCACCACCUUAGGAACCGGGAAGUCGUCAAUUGACAAUAGUCAACUGCAAUUCCCCUUGACGACUGAAGAAGAGUUUAACCAACUUGAAGCUUCAGUGAGAAACCCAAAAUUCAGAGAUUCUUUCAUGACAAAACUGGCUGAGAAUUUAUCGUACAAUCCGCAGUCUUCCUUGAAACGAAUGCUGAAUUACAUAUGGGAGCCUAAGCUGUCAAGUCGCUUCACUGCGUACGGAACAUCGAAGAAGCUAGCUCUCUUAAAAUGUCACUUCUAUAAAGUUAUAACGUCCGUCAUUGUCAGCAAGUUCGCUUCUGCUACGAUGCCCGAGGACGAAGUUAUAAA